AUGGCUCGAUUCCUUUGGCUUCAGCUACUCGCGUUGGGCUUCGUCACUGGCUCCCAGGCUUCGUCUUUAGUCAAGCGUCAAUUUCAGACUGACGCAGUUUGCGAUUCGUCCUUCUCAUGGGCACAGAACCACUUGCAGCAGUCACCAUGUUUAGUCGCAGCAUACGUGAAUGGGGCAUGCGGGUCAAACUCAUACACAGUCAGAAAAUUGAAUAAUAGCAGCCACUACGAUCCACCCCAAGGCUCUAAGGCGAACCCUUGCUCUUGCUCGUGGGCUUCGUAUAACUUGCUCAGUGCUUGCACUGCUUGUCAAGGUCAGCCAGAGUCGAUCCUUACAUGGGGGGCUUGGACUUUUGGUUGCAAUGGCCUCUUAGAAAAUGACUACUUUCCUCAAGACAUUACUCUGGCGGCUGGGACAGCGAUUCCAGCCUGGGCGGCAACUGAUCCACAUGAAUGGACGAACGAACAGUUCAAUGUCAACAUGGCGAAGGAUACAGCUAACCAAAACCAAGGAGAUCUCGUACCAGAGCCCCCUCAUGGCAAAUCAACACCAGUGGGCCCCAUUGUUGGGGGCGUGGUUGGCGGCAUUGGCGUCAUCGGCAUUGCAGCUGCUAUUUUUGCAUAUUUGAGACUUCGCCGCCGAAGGAAGCCUGCGGGGACUCGUCCUCUUCCCAACAUCGACGGUGAUGAUGUGCGCGAUCAUAAACUACCUUCAGUGCCCAUCCACAGCCGAAAGGGCUCAAACGGUUCAAACGGCUCGAUGAAAUCGCUCACCACCGGAUAUUACACCGAGGGAACAUCAUACCCAUACCCAACCUCACCUGGAACCGUGAUGACUCACAUGAGUGGUACGAAUCCAACGCAGGCUGGACAUUCAGAGAGCCUGCAUUCUCCACCGAUAUCCCCAUCGCAGUACACUACUCCUUCUCCGGGCCCGAUACACGCUCAACUUCCUCUCGAGGCCAUGGUUGAGCCCUUCUAUCAGAGACAGCCGAGUAAUGUUGAUGCCAGGAGCGAGAAGACUGGACGAGUAAUGGUGUAUGACCAACCAAAUGCAUACCCCUCUCGACCAUCAACACCGGCCCGAACUAGGAAUCCUCCCGCCUAUACCCCUUCUGCCCCGACUUCGCCACUCGCCCGGUCGGUGGAAUUAGAGCAGGCCGAUACCAUUCCCGCCUAUAGCGAAGCAUCAGCCCCACGGCGCCGACGCGAAAAGGGUUCGGAUGAAUCAAUCGGCGGGGCGGGGCCCGCUCGCGCGACGAGAGUAGAGCAUCUGCGUGCAGCAAGCGACGCACCUAGCAGCAUCGGAAGUCUAACCGAGAUGCGAAACAUACUCGGACGCACAUUCAACGCUGACGAGGAAGGUACAGCAACUCGGAGCGGUCUCGAAACAGGAAAUAGCGGUCACAUCCAGUCCCCGACACCCAACUACCGACCAGCUAUAUAA